AUGAAGACUGAACUAGACGAGUUGGUUGAGUUCCUGCAUCAUGGAAACACCCAGAUCAGACAAAUUGCAUGCGAAAAUCUCGUGGGAUAUUCGGCUUCGAAACCGGAGAUUUUCAAACGUCACCAGCUCUUGCCCAUACAGGAUCUAAAACUUCUAGUCCGAGAUUAUACACCAAUUGCAAGUAAUGUGUUAACAAUACUCAUCAAUCUCUCUGCUGAUGAGGAGGUUCUGGAUAACCUCGUGUCUGAUGAUGCCUUUUUGGAAACUCUCCUUCUGAAAGUGACAAACAAGAAGGAGCAAAAUGCAGACGCUUUCUCAAUGCUAAUCGCCAACCUGGGGAAAUCGGAAAAAAUCAAAAAAAUAUUCUCUCUGAAACGUCGAACAGCCGAGCCUGUGUCUAGUUCAGCGUACGCGGUCGAUCAGCUUAUGGACUGUUUUGUCAAAGGCGCCGAGGGCGGACUUAAUCAGCAUGCAAAUUACGACUACCUAUCCUAUCUAUUCGCCGAUCUGUCCAAACUGAAAGAAGGGCGCACCUACUUUACUUCAAGGCAGGAUUAUGACAAAGUUGUACCUGUUACGAAACUUUCUGUCUUUACGGAGCAUAAAAGCGCGGUUAGAAGGAGGGGUGUGGCGUCCACUAUAAAGAACGUUACAUUCGAAAUCCCCUUUCAUCCAACUCUGCUUUCCGAGGAAGAUGCCAAUAUUCUUCCCUACAUUCUGCUGCCGAUUAUGGGACCAGAAGAGUACACUGAAGAGGAGACGGCAGACAUGCUCCCGGACCUCCAACUGCUGCCUCCCGACAAACAAAGGGAUAGUGAUUGUGGCAUCAUAGCCACGCACCUCGAAACUCUGCUCUUGUUGACAACUACCCGGGAGGGGCGAGAUCGAUUGCGAGCAAUCAAUGUUUAUCCAGUCAUCCGAGAGUGCCAUCUUCACGUCGAUGAUGAUGACGUUCGUGAGGCUUGUGACCGGCUAGUACAGGUUUUAAUGCGCGACGAGGAGGGAGAGGAAAAGCCAACCGCCCUAACUGAACAAGAUGAUGAUCAAAAAGUUGUAGAACUGUUCUGA